AUGCCUAGAAAACGCAAGGAGCCCGAAAAGGUUGUGGAGGUAGAGGAGGUAGAGGAGACGGAAGAUGAUGAAUCCGAGAAAUCCGAAGAAGACGAGGAAGAUGGAACCGAUGAAGGAAGUGAUGAAAAUGAGGAAGAUGAGGACGAUGAGGAAGGCGAUGAUGAGGAAAGCGAUGAUGAGGAAGGCGAUGACGAGGAAAGCGAAGGAACUGAUGACGGGGCGGAUGAUGAUGAAAAUGAAAAUGACAACGAGGGAAAAGUCGAUAUUCCUCCCAUGACGGAGGAUCAGUUAAAGAUAGCUAAGAACUUUGAUCCCCGCGAACCAACUGCGAAAGAUGCCAUGUUCUUUUUCAUAAUUCUUGAUUGUAUCGAAACUCCACCAGAUAUAGAUUGGAAGCUUGUUGCUGAGCGCACUGGAUGCUCCAAUGCUUACAUGGCCCGUUCUCGCUUUGGACAGAUUAGGACCAAACUCCGAAAAUAUUACGAGGUAGAAGCACAGCCGCUCGUCCCUAAGAUUAUUGGAAUGCCUCCUCCAGAUAAAUAUGAACAUCCUCCUGUACCCGAAUCCGAGAAAGAAAUCUUGACCGACCCGGCUUAUGACAGACCCGUCAGAAGAAAAGCGGUCAGAGUUGGCAAUCUCCAGAAUAUUGACCCCGGGAAGCCCUCGAAGUUCAAACAAAAUCAUGGCCAAGGAUAUAUUCUUAACAGGAACGAUGAUACCGCAGCGAGCUUAGUUAUUACUGCUAAUCAGCGCCAUGACUACGACUCCGAAAAUGAGUUUCAGAAUAAAGAGGAGUUCGACCUGAGCACUUAUCGUGGAUAUGACAAAGAAGCAAACAUCCUUACUGUCAGCGAUCAAGGCUCCGACGAUGAAAUCAGAGAGGCAACCCCCGUGGUCUUAGAUGGAUUGACACACAACUUCAACUGA